AUGUGGCUGUGCCUGGCGGUCCUCGUGGGCCUGUACUACCUCCUGCGCUGGUACCGGGAGAAGCAGGUGGUGAGCCACCUCCAGGACAAGUUCGUCUUCAUCACGGGCUGUGACUCGGGCUUCGGGAACCUGCUGGCCAGGCAGCUGCACCUGCGAGGCUUCAGGGUGCUGGCUGCGUGUCUGACAGAGCAGGGGGCCGAGCAGCUGAGGAACCAGACGUCAGACAGGCUGGAGACAGUGAUCCUGGAUGUCACCAAGACUGAGAGCAUUGCUGCGGCCACUGAGUGGGUGAAGGAGCGUGUCGGGGACAGAGGACUCUGGGGCCUGGUGAAUAAUGCCGGCAUUUGUACGCCCAUGGCACCCAAUGAGUGGCUGACCAAACAAGACUUCGUAAAGAUGCUCGACGUGAACCUGUUGGGGAUGAUUGAGGUGACCCUGAGUCUGCUGCCCCUAGUGCGGAAGGCGAGGGGCCGUGUGGUCAACGUCUCCAGUGUCAUGGGCCGUGUGUCCCUCUUUGGUGGAGGUUACUGCAUGUCCAAGUACGGCGUGGAGGCUUUCUCAGACUCCCUCAGGAGGGAGCUCUCCUACUUCGGAGUGAAGGUGGUGAUGAUUGAGCCCGGUUACUUCAUGACCAAUAUGACCAGCCCUGAGGUGUUUAAUGGAAGCCUCCAGGCAUCAUGGGAUCAGGCCAGCCCAGAGAUCAAGGAACUCUAUGGAGAGAAGUUCGUGGCUAACUUCAUGAAGACGUCUAAUUUAUUGAAGCCAUCAUGGUCCGGGAAUCUGUCCUUGGUGACCGACUGCAUGGAGCAUGCCCUGACCGCCUGCCACCCCCGCACCCGAUACUCCCCUGGCUGGGACGCCAAGCUCUUCUACCUCCCCAUGAGCUACAUGCCCACCUUCCUGGUGGAUCUCAUGAUGUAUUGGGGUGCCCCACGGCCUGCUAAGGCCCUGUAA